UCCAAGGACCUCGAAUAGCGUCAGAUGGCUUCGACUGAGUCCAAAGUGGAAAUAGUUAUAAAUUCUUAAGCUGAAAACGUGACAUAAUGGUUUCUUUUAUCUUGUAGCUAGUAAAAGAUGUUCAAUACAAGCUAAGUACCAAAUAGCGAUGACAACACAUCAGGAAAAGAAGGGCUUUUCCACCCAGGCUAAUAGGUUUGCUUCUCAAAUUAGUCUGAGUGAAAGUCCAGGACCGGGAACCUACGACUGCUUUACCAGCACUGAAGUCAACAGUCCUUCCUUCUCAAAGAGAGGCACCACCGGCUUUGUCCCAUCCAAGGUUGACAGAAGGCCACAGAGACCCACUCCAGGCCCAAAUGCAUACAACCUACAGAGUUCCUUCAUAAAUAAAUAUGACUUCAACACUGGAGCCUCCAGGGUCUUCAGGCUGCCCAUAGCUGUGCAGAUGGAUGGUCCCAAACAUAUAACUCCAGCUCCAAAUCAGUAUGAUGUCAGUUGUGUGAGGAGAGUAAGCAUCUCCUCAGUGGUCGGUACAUCGCCUUUCCUCUCAAGAACAACACGGGAUUCAUUUUGCCCAAACAAAAAUGUGCCAUCACCAGGCCACUACGAGGUGAACAGCAGCUUAAUCCAGCAUGGUUCAAAGGCGGUCUCGUCACCCUUCAGAUCAAAAACUCACAGAAUCCUUCCUCCGGCCGACCACCGUGUGCCGGGCCCGGGGGCCUACAACCCCCAUCAGGCACCCACCCCAGUGAAGAAGACCAUCCUUCCGAGAAGAUAUUUUUUGGCAAUAGCAGCACCUCCUCAGACUGUACCUAAGGAUCCUCCUUUGCCGGGCCCUGGGCACUAUGACAUAGGGCAGUAUGACCGGCCAUCAAAGCAGUCCAUACCCACUGCUGCUUUUGCAUCCAGAACUCAAAGAAUACCCCAAAAACCGAUGGCUGAUAAGAUCCCAGGACCAGGUUUAUAUAAUCCACAGCCCUUGUCAAAGCAGUCCUUCUUUUACAACGACUCCAGAGUCUGGGUUCCUGUGUGAAGCUUCCAGCUCAGACUGCACUGUAGAUACGUACAUCUUCACUCAGAUGAACUGUGAUUGUUGCUAUUCUUUGAUCGGCACUUUUAGAGUGAAUAAGAUGAAAAUUAAAUGUUUGCACCAA